AUGGGUUGUGGUGUAUCUAAUGCUCAUUAAUUUAUGAGAUAUUCGUAAGAGAAGAUAACAGAAAAUGAACCAGGUUCUUUAGAGUAGAAUUAAGGCUAAACUACUAUUAGGAGAAAUGUAAAAUAUGCAAAUCAGUUACUUAUGAUUCCACAACAAGGAAUCACAACAUUAUAAGAGAUGAUUAAUAAUAGUGUUGCAAAAUUUGGAAAUCAACCAUGUAUGGGUAAAUAUGAAGGAGAUAAUUUCAAAUUUAUGUCAUACAAUUAAGUAAAUGAGGAAGCAAUCCAUUUAGGAAGUGGGUAAUACAUUAAAUUGAUUUUAGAAUUUCUAACUUGAAUUUAGUGAAAGAAGUACAAGAAUAUCAACACUAUAAAUUAAAAUUGAUAGGAGUCUUUGCAAAAAAUAGAAGAGAGUGGAUGAUCUUAGAUUGGGCUAAUAUCAUUUACGGUUAUACUAUGGUACCUUUUUAUGAUACUCUUGGUCCUGAAUCAAUACCCUUUAUUCUUGAUUAGACUAACAUAGAAACCAUGCUUAUUAGUGGGGAUGCAACUAAAUCAUUGAUAUAAUGCAAAGAAAAGUAUAAAUUAAAAAACUUGGUUUUACUUGAUCCAAUAUCAGAUUAACAAACUUCAGAAUUGAAAAACAAGGGAUAUCAAUUGUUUAAAUACGAAGAAAUAAUUGAAAACGGAAAAAAAUAAAUUGUGCAACCUGCUUAAGUUUUACCUUCUACCAUUUUUACAUUGUGUUAUACAUCUGGCACUACAGGAAAUCCUAAAGGAGCAAUACUUUCUCAUGGCAAUUUCAUUUCAUCUAUUGCAAGUACCUAAGCAACUGAUGCUGGAAUCAAUUAAAAUGAUGUUCAUUUAUCAUAUUUGCCAUUACCACAUGUAAUGGAGAGAUUAAUUAUACUUACUAUGCUUUUUACUGGUGCUUGUAUAGGGUAUUAUAAUCAAUAAUAUAUAGAUUCUAUCGAGGUGAUCCCAAUUUAUUGAAGGAAGACAUUUAAAAACUUAGACCAACAGUCUUUGCUUCAGUUCCUAGAUUAUAUAAUAAGUUUUAUGAUGGAAUUAAAGCUAAAAUAAAUGAAGUUACAGGUUUGAAGAAAUCAUUUGCAGAAAGAGCUAUCAGAGUUAAAUUAGAAAAUCUAAGAACAGAAGCCAAAUAUACAAGUGGUUUAUAUGAUAAAGCAUUCCAAGGAGUCAGAGAUCUAUUUGGAGGUAGAUGUAGAUUAAUGAUCACUGGUUCUGCUCCUAUUCAAUAAGAAGUUAUUGAUUUUCUCAAAAUAGCUGCUUGUUGUCCAAUACUUGAGGGAUAUGGUUAAACAGAAUCAACAGCAUUAUCCUUCUCUACAGGUGUAUGGGAUCCAAAGUCUGCUCAUCUUGGAGGACCUGCUGCAAAUACAGAAUUUAAAUUAGUGGAUGUUCCUGAUAUGAAUUACACAUCAUUAGAUGUUGUGAAUGGUGUAAAAACACCUAGAGGUGAAAUUUGUUUAAGAGGAUAUGGAGUUUUUUAAGGAUAUUACAAGGACCCAGAAAAAACAGCUGAAGCUAUAGAUGCUGCUGGAUGGUUGCAUACAGGAGAUAUUGGUCUCAUUACUGAAAAUGGAGGAGUCAAAAUUAUUGAUAGAAAGAAAAACAUCUUCAAACUUUAAUAAGGCGAAUAUAUUGCUCCAGAGAAGAUUGAAGCAAUUUAUAAUAGAGUUUAAGGUGUAGCAGAGUCAUUCAUUUAUGGAGAUUCCCUUUAAAGUUAAAUUGUAGCCAUAAUUGUUCCUUAGAAAGAAUUUGUUGAAAAACAUGCCGCUGAAAAAUAAAUUCAAGGUGAUUUUGAGUAGUUGUGCAAAAAUCCAGAAAUUAUUGGUUUGUUCUAAAAAAAUAUUAAUGACUAUGGAAGAGCAAAUAAACUUAAUUCCUUAGAAAUUGUAUUAUUUAAAUUAUUUAUUUUUUUAGGCAAAAUUAAUACAUUUAGAACCUUAACCAUUAUAAAAUUUUGGAUGUUUAACAUCUACAUUCAAGUUACAAAGGCAUAUUGCAAAAUAAGUAUUUUCCAAACAAAUUGAACAGCUCUAUAAAAGUUAAGCCUGA